AUGGUGUCCACACGACAGUGCACAACAAAGUUCUCUGUCGGAGAAACAGUUUUAUGCUACGAACCAGAUGAAAGCAAAGCAAAAGUUUUGUAUGAAUCUAAGAUUUUGGAAAUUGAUUUCACAAAAGAUGAAAAAGGAAAGAAAGUCCCUGAAUAUUUUGUCCAUUUUAGUGGAUGGAAUAAAAGCUGGGAUCGCUGGGUUCUGGAAGAUCAGAUUGUCGCUGGGACUGAAGUGAACAGACAAAGAAUGAAACGACUGCACGAGGAGGCCGUUAAUCGCCUUAAAAACAGAAAAAAACGGAAGUCUAUAACUCCAAAUGUUGACACGCCAAACACCAACGUAGAAUCAGGUCUUGAUGAUGCUCCGUCUACACAGUCGGUACCGACUCCUAGCUCUCCGUCAGCACCAAGCAUUGAUAUUGAAAUUCCAUGUGCAUUGAAACUUAAACUUGAAGAUGAUUGUUACUUCAUUAAACGAAAGAAAAAGCUUGUUCGUCUGCCUCGUUCUCCUAAUGUUAUUGAUAUUUUAAAAGAAUACAUUAACCACGUGACACUCCAGGAAAGUCACCAGCAACCAUCAAACGAUGUUCAGUCCAGCGUGAAAAUCGUAAAAGAAGUAAUGGAUGGUCUUCGUGUGUAUUUUGAUUUUACACUUCCCUCGCUUCUUCUCUACAACAUCGAGCGUGAUCAACACGAAAAAGCCAUGAAGGAAGCUGCGAUGAAACGUCAGAAAACAAAUGAUGUGAAAACAAAUUAUCCGUCUGAUGUCAAUACGACUCUUGAGAAAUCAAGCAUAAAAAUUGAAAAUAUCGUCGAGGAAGGAAACGAAAAGAAUGAAACAAAACCAUCAAUAAAAUCAAAACGUACAACAGAAAAAUGCGCUGAUGAGCCCAGUAAAGAUGAUGAAUCCAAUGGUCGUGUUUUACGACGAAGAUCAAAACGUCAAAGUGUCUCAUCUACUUCGUCAUCAGCAAGUUCCAACACGCCAGGAAAGAUACCCGGAACACCGAAAGCACCACAGGGAGUAUCUUCUGACACGAAAACAACAACGAAAAAAGGAGUAAAACGAAAGUUGCCAGCAUCCACCAUAGCAAAAGAAGAAGAUGCAGUAGUAGACUUGAAUACUGCAGAAACGUCAAUUCCUCCGGUCAUCAGCCCAUCUCAAGUUUAUGGAGUUGAACAUCUCUUAAGACUUUUUGUAAGACUACCAAGCUUACUGGCAAAAACAAAAAUUGAAGACAGCAGAUUGCCUUUCUUAUUACAUCAUUUAACUGAUUUUUUAAGUUACCUUUCAACUCGAGUGAACACGUUAACUUCAGAAGAUGCGUAUGGUGAUAUCGCUGUUCUUUAGAUACGACUCAGGUCAGGGAUAUUCUAAUUUGAAGCAUAAAAACAUGCAUCAACUGCUUGUAUAUAUUAGGUACUGUAUUCGAGAGAGGGAGAGAAUCAGAUACACCAUCUUCGCGUUGACAUGGUCAAUCAAUCAUUCAUUCAGCCAAUGGAAGGCCUUCAGUGGAACACUCCACUCUUAAAAUGGCGAUCAUCCUUUUUUUCUGAGAAAUUUUUAUGCAAUACAUUUUUCUGAGCAAAUUUUUGUCUCGAACUUUUGUUGCGAGACAGGUUGCAUGCAACAAGUUCCACUUUCUAUGACGCUUAAUGCAAAUUGUCUCGCUACGA